UAUGUGUAUAUAUAGCAAGAGAAUCAACCAAGUAAUACACAAACAAGAACUCAUAAGUCUCAAAAUUUGAUAAAACAAAAGACAACAAUGGCUAAGAGCUUGCCAAUAAUAGACAUGCAAGAUAACGCAAGUGCAAUUGAAAUAGUGAAAUCACUUGAACAAUGGGGUUGUUUCAGGCUUGUUAAUCAUGGAGUUUCCCAGUCACUCUUGUCGGAAAUAAUGGAGGUUGGCCGGUCGUUGAUGGAACUUCCGGUGGAAAUAAAGGAGCUAAAUGUUCACAAAGACAAAAGCUUUGGUUAUAUUCCUGUUAAUGUAACAAGUCCUAUGUUUGAGUGUGUAGGAGUUUAUGAUGCUACUUUGUCUAAGGAUGUUGAUCACUUUUCAUCUCAAUUCAAUCUAUCUCCUCAUCAAAGGGAAGUAAUGGUGAAGUAUUCAGAAGCAAUAUAUGAUUUAGCAAAGAAACUUGGGAUUAAGCUCAUGGAAGGUCUUGGUUUAGAAAGUGGAGAUUUAUUUAAUGAUUGGCCUUGCUUAAUUAAGUUCAAUAAAUACCAUAAUAAUCCUAAAGUAAUUGGAUUAUCAGGUGCUAUAACACAUUCUGAUAAAGGAUUUUUCACAGUUUUAUUGGAUGAUGAAUUUGUUAAUGGACUUGAAAUGCUUGAUGAACAAACUGGAGAAUUUAUUCCUGCUAAUCCAAUUCCAGGUUCAUUUCUUGUUAAUGCUGGAGAUAUUGCUAAGGCAUGGAGCAAUGGAAGAAUUUGCAAUGUGAAGCAUAGAGUACAAUGCAAUGAGCCAAGAGUACGAUACUCUAUUGCAUACUUUGUGCUAGGACCAAGAAAUGGAAAAGUGGAAACACCUUCCCAAUUAGUGGAUUCUCAACGUCCUCCUCUCUAUGUCCCUUUUCACUUUGAAGAAUAUUGUGCCCUGAGAACUUCUACCAAUACCAUUAAUGGUGAAGUUCUUGACCUGUUCUGCAAAAAGUAGAUUUAUUUGUGCAGGGCAAAUUUAUGAUAGAAAGAAAGAUGCGGGAGAGAGCGUGAGAUAACAAGACGAGCAAUAUCAGUUGAAUAAUUGUUGGGCUUUUUAGCAAUGACAGUUGACUUAUACAUCUUUUAUUGUAGUGACAUAUGAAUUAUUAUAGUAUUUAUUUAACCCUCCUAUAUCACGACUAUGUAAAGAAGAAAAUUAUAUUUAUGUGUGCUAUGUAAUGUAACUACCAAGACCAUUAAUGGCGAAGUUCUCGACUUGUUUUACAAAAAGUAGGUUUAUCUGUGCGAGGCGAAUUUAUGAUAGAAAGAAAGAUGCAGGAGAGAGUGUGAGAUAACAGGACGAGCAAUAUCAGUUGAACAAUUGUUGGACUUUUCAGUAAUGAUAGUUGACUUAUACAUCUUUUGUUUAA